UUUGUUUAAAACAUAAACUAAUAGGAAGAAAUCUCUUUAUUCUAAUAAAUUUUACUCAUACUGUUAAAACAUUUUUUAGUAUUAAGUAAAACAUAUUCUGGUGCUUUGUUGUAAUAACUAGUUCCUAAACUCUUGGGUCUAUCUAUAAUACUUUAAAAGAUUCUCUGCCAAAAUUGUCCAACAUAUUGUAAACAAGUGAUAACAAGUAUUAUCAAUAAUGCUAAGGGCCAUAUUCAAGAAAAAUAUAGUUCAUCACACCAAUGUUUUAUUACAAAAUUUAUUAAAAAUCACUUUAUCGACAAAUCAAAAGAAAACAAUAAGAGAUGUAAAAACAAAAAGGAAAACCAUAACAGAAAAUAGAAUGAAGGGGAAAAGGACAAGCUCAAGCAAGAGCAACAGAUUAAGUACACAUCCCGGCUGAUCUGCCUACUGUGCUUAGGAAUAUUAAUAAUAAUGAUUUUUAUGACCUUUGCUGUUAUUAACAAAAAUUUUCAAGUUUUCCCAAGUAGCCACUCACCAAAGUCUACUGCACUAGUCCAGUUUAUAGAAGAAACAAAACAACUAAACCGUGCCCUUUUUCGACAAAAGCUUGAAACUUCUCACUACCUAGAGGAAUCUUAUGAUGACAUCAACCUCUGUAAAAUAGAACAAACCAUUGAAAGUUGCUGUGACAUCUUUAAAACUAAAGAAGAUCUACUUGCUUGGGCAGAGUACUGUUCAGUAGAAGAUAUGUUGGAUAUUUUAUCAGAUUUUGAAUUAAUGAUAAGGAGGAAACGUGAUAUAUUUCAACCUCAAACAGGAUUAGAUCCUAUUUUUUCAAAUCCUAUAAUGUCAAAUGUGCCUGAGCAUGUUUUUUUACCAGCUAGAAAAAACUUACAACCAAUAGAAAACUGGUCAGAUUUCGAGAAUAUUCCAGAAACUCAACUAAAACAAAGAGAUUUUUAUUUUGCAAAUUCCAGGAAGCCUGAAGAACAUACUAGUUCCAGAAUUCAAAAUAUGCAAGUUGAUCAUAAUGGUAAUUUUAGGUUUCAAAUUGAUGGUCAUCGCAUAUUCAUUCCAAUAAGAAGUGACAUGAACAAUAAUGAUAUACCAGAGGAAAAUAAUAAAGGAUCUGUCGAUUCAUUUAUAUCACUAGUUUCAGAUCCUCAAUUACCAAAUUUUAUACAUCCCCCUCAAAAUUUCCACACAGAAAUAAACUUACAAAAGAAUUUUGUACAUGAUGAAAAUAAGAAGUUUGACCUUCCAGAACCAGAAAAUAUAGUUGGGAUGCAACAAACAGCUGAUCAUAAUCAACGGAUAACUGAACAAAAAGCAUCAUUACAAACAUUAGAAAAUGUAUUGAUUAAUAAUUCCUUUAACAUAAUAUCUCAAAAGAAUUUUAGUGAGCAUCCUUUAUUUAUGACCAAGGUAGCACCUGAUAUUCAAAACUUCAAUCAAGAAAAUUAUACUCCAUUUGACACAACAUAUUAUUUUAAGCAUGAAACUGAAAAAGCACCACAAGCUAUGAUGAAUAAUGAAAUCAAUUUAAACCUGAAGCAUUUAAUUAAAGAAAAUAUUGAACAUCCUGAAGAAAUGUUAAAUAUAAAUGAACAUUUAGGAGGAUUGAGAUAUAAUAUUAAAGUCACUAGACCCAAUUCUGAAUAUUUUAAGAAAAGUUCAGAUUUAAGAGAUAAUGUGUUUUUAGAAAAUAAAUUGGAUCAAGAAGUUACUUCCAUUAGAAGCCAACUUAAAGCCAUCACAAUUUCUCAAGGUUCUAAUGACCAAAAUCAUGAAACUCUUCCACCAAUAACCUUUAAUAAUAAUUUAAGAUCAGUUACAGGCAAUGUAAAACCAAUAAUAGAAGUGAAUACCCUUAAAGAAGUUACUUCAAAUGUUCCUCAAAGUGACUCAGAUUUAGAUUUGGAGGGUCAAUUAAAUAAUCAGAAGAAACACACUGAAAUUAAGGGUCAAAAUUUGGUUGAAGUUAAUAGAAGUUUACAAGGUCUAAAGAUUGAAAAUCUAAUUGAAACAACAGUAAAUCCAGUUCAAUCUUCAAAUAUCCUUCAUUUAACAGAAAAAAUUGAAGUUUUAACAGAAUUUUUACCUAGUUGGACAGAAAGUAUAACACCCAGCUCAGAAAAUAAUGCUGAGGAAAACAUUGAAUCUGCAAACCGGGCUAACACUGACCAAGAAAACUUCAGAGGGAAACCAAAGCAACUAGACAGCUUUACUGCUACAGAAGACAUGCAGUCCCACCAACAACGAUUUGUAAAUCCAUGUUUUGUUCCCUAUGCCAACCCUUAUGUGUCACAGCCAGCUAAAGUAGGAAACUCCCAAGAUACCGGAUAUCUAAAAAUAGUAUCAUUUAAUCAGCCAAAAAUCCAAAAUCCACCUACGUAUGUGUUAAACCCUGCUAUGUAUUACGGACUACCACCUACAAGCGCUUUUAUGAAUCCUUACAUGUUUUCUAAUGUGUAUUCGCCAACUGUGGCGCAGCCCCCACCUUCUGUGCCACUUAACCAUGACCAGAUACAAGUGGCUGGUGUUGGAGGUCAGUACUAUAUGUGUAAUCCGAUACCAACACCAUCAAAUAACAUUGCAGGUAUUCCGGGAGUUGAAGUUAGGAGGUUUGCAUCUAAUAUGCAGAGUAUCAUUGAUGGUGUUGAGGAGUAUGAAAGAAUUAACAAAUCCAGAGCAGCAUCUGUGUUGGUGUGUCCAUUGGGUGAGCAAGCGUGCCUGGAUGAUACUGUAUGCGUAAAAAAUCACCAGAUUUGUGACAGUGAAGUUCACUGUGAUGAUUCAAGUGACGAAGUUGCUUGUGAUUGUAAAGAGAGAGUCGGAAAAUUAAGGUUAUGUGAUGGGUACUGUGACUGUCCCAGAUGUGAAGAUGAGACCGGUUGUUUUGGUUGUGAAGAAACUGAAUUUUCUUGUGACGACUGGUCAAGAUUACGCAGAUCUACUUGCAUUCCCAUAUCACAACGAUGUGAUGGGAUAAAACAUUGUGAGGUAACUGGAAAGGACGAAUCAGAUUGUUCCAUAUUAGCAGAUCAUCUGGGAAAUUUUCCAUUAAAUAAAAUUUCUAAUUCUGUUGGCUUUCUUCAUAGAAAUUUUAAAGGUAAAUGGUACCCAACCUGUUUUGGUACUGAAUUAUGGGCCGCUGAAGUUUGUCAGGUUGAAGCUGGGCCGAGUGCUAUUAUUCCAAAAACUCAUAUGACAUUGACCACUACACCAUAUGAUGGUUUGUUCAUUAAUAUCCGCCCAGAUAAUGAGAUCAGUUUAGUAAACACUUGUGUUCAAGACCGAGCAGCUUUUGUAGAGUGUCCCCCAAUCUAUUGUGGACUUAGAUUUUUGAUUAAUAAUCCUUAUAGGAUGGAAGAAGUGGAUACAACUGUUGAGGAUAUGUUAUCUAAUAUCGAGAGAGCUGAUAGUAUGAGACAUGUGAUGUUUAAGAGAGAGGAUACAGAUAAUACUUUUGAUCAGACUCUGGCAAAACACAAUCUAAGCCAUAGUCAUAUUGAAGAAGUAAGAAAAAACUUAGAGAGAUCUCUUAAACGAAGAGAUUUGUCUGCUGAGAGUAGCAUCCUAAAAGAAAGCAGAGUAGUUGGAGGAAAACCAAGCCAACCAGCAGCGUGGCCUUGGUUGGUUUCGAUCUAUCGAAAUGGCAUAUUCCAUUGUGGAGGAGUUUUAAUCAAUGACUUGUGGAUCGUUACUGCAUCACAUUGUGUUUCUAAGUACUGGCAAUUCUAUUAUGAAAUCCAGGCAGGUACAUUGAGAAGAUUUUCGUAUUCUCCCAUGGAUCAAAGACGAUGGGUUAAACUCGUGGUACCUCAUAAGGCUUACAGUAAAAAUAAUUUAAGAAACGAUAUAGCUCUAAUGAAAUUAUCAGCUCCAAUAAGAUAUAAUCGAUAUGUCAGACCUAUUUGUCUACCAUCUGAAGCUACAGCUGGUCAGAACUAUUUAAACGGCCCCAUGGCCGGUACUGUUUGUACCACAGUAGGAUGGGGAGCUACUAUUGAACAUGGAUCUGAUCCUGACCAUAUGAGAGAAGUUGAGGUACCAAUUUUAUCGCACUGUAUACACAAAGAAGAUUCCGAUGUUGAGGAAAUUUGUGCAGGUUUAAUUGAAGGUGGUAAAGACGCCUGCCAAGGUGACUCUGGCGGGCCCUUAAUGUGUAGAAAUCCUAACAACCCUAAUCAGUGGUAUCUCGCAGGGGUUGUUAGUCACGGAGAAGGAUGUGCGCGCCCCAACGAACCAGGGGUUUACACCAAAGUUAGUAAAUAUGUGGGAUGGAUUGCCGAAAAUACCAGAGAUGAUAAAUUGACGUUCAGAAUCCCACUUCAAAAAUGCCCAGGAUAUACCUGCAGAGGGACUAAACAAUGUGUUCCAAAAAAACGCAGAUGUGAUAGGAUUAUCGACUGCCUUUUUGGAGAUGAUGAGCUUAAUUGCCAAAAUCGAUUUAAAGAAUUUUUUAAGCAUUCUAGGACGACUGUGGUGCCAAGUUCGCAUAUACCUCAACUUUCGAUUGAUCCGUUCGAAUUUGUACUUGGCACAAGUUUGAAUAAUUCAGGUGAAACAAAUAGUGAUAUUAGUUUAGUCGAAAUUAGUACUAUUACAAAUGAAAAUAGUACUAUAGAUAUAAAGAGUAAUGAUACUAUAUAUACAACUAAAUUGCCGGAACUAUUGAACAUUUCUCAUACUACUGAGUUAGAUAAAAAUAAUUAUCAAAAUGAUAUAAAUGAAACUAACACAAAAUUAGAUAUUAUUAUUAUUGAAAAUAGUACUUUAAAGAUGGAUAAUAAUACUGCUUUAAUAACUGAACUUGGUAAUGAUGGUAAUGAUGAAACUACUGAAAAAAAUAGAAAAGAACGACCUUUCGAGAAGAUUUAUUUCAAGUGUAAAGAGAUGUUACAAAUAAUUUCCAUAGAAAAAAGAUGCAAUAAAAUGUUUGAUUGUGAAGACGGUUCGGAUGAAAUAGAUUGCACAUGCUCAGAUUAUAUCAAUGCUGUCGACUCGAGCGCUAUUUGUGAUGGAGUGGUCGAUUGCCACGAUGCUAGUGAUGAGAGAAAUUGUGUGACCUGUAACAAAACACAAUAUACUUGCAGUUUAUCACAAAAGUGUAUAAAUCUGUCUCAAAGGUGUGAUGGCAAUGUGGAUUGUCCACAAAAUGAAGACGAAUUAAAUUGUGCUACUUUGUCCAACGGUUAUAUUGUAACCCUAGACAAAGAUUCCAAGCCAUCUUUUAAAUCCGAUGGAGUGUUUACUAUAAAUCGUCAAGGGCUCUGGAAACCAUUGUGUCUUAACUCAACCUAUUUGAGACAUGAGGAACCCGCUAUUUCUAUGAUUAUUUGCAAUUUACUUGGAUUCGAUGAAUACUCCUCCUACCAUACACGUUUAGUUCAAGAGAAGAUUAUAAAUGCUACGUUUUCUGAUGCUGAAGGCUUGUCAUCUGAAGAAAAGUGUACUCAUUGUUGUGAAGGUUUAUAUGUAAGCUGUUCGAAUUUCUCAACUAGUUCAAGUCUAAGUUACAAAUCACUGGAACAAGUUAAUGAAUUAUAUUUUUCUCCUUGGAUGGUAGCGAUAUAUUCGGAAGGUGAAUAUAAUUGUAUGGGAACUCUUUUAAAUGACAUAUGGGUUAUUACAUCGAUAAAGUGUUUUAGAGAAAUCCAGAAUAUUCAAAUGAAUUACGUAGUGGCUGUCUUAGGCAAAGGAAAACUGCAUCUACACGAAAAUGGUCCACACGAACAAAUAAUACGUGUAACGGAAAGUGUAAAUCUAGACGAUACUGAUAUAGUUCUUCUAAGAUUGGAAGAGAAUGUUAAAUUUAACAGAUACGUUCAGGCUGCACGUUUAAACUCGAGGAGAGACUCGAUUCACAAUGAAAAAUGUUAUGCCGCAGGAAGAGAUCGCCAAAAUAAAACGAUGUUCGUGCAUUUGUUACCAAAUAAAAACUGUCCAUCAGGACUUAGAUGUUUUGGGAAAAAAAUUCAGGAUGGUUGCGAGAAUUUGUUACCAUGGAGCGGUGUUAUAAUUUGUGACUCUAGAUCAGGCUGGUACCCUGCAGCUGUCUUUAAUGAAGACCAUGGAUAUUGUGGUUUUAGUCUUCAUAAAAAAUAUACUAGCAUUCAAUUUCAUAAAAAUCAAAUAAAUAAAGUUUUUGAAUUUGUUCCAAAGCCCGUUCCUGCGCCCAUUUGCUAUGGGUUCCGGUGUUCAUUGGGAAAUUGCAUUCCAGAGCACAACCUUUGCGAUGGCAUCAAUCACUGCCAUGACGGUUCCGAUGAAAAUAGUACGGUGUGUUAUGAAAGGGAAAAGGAGUGUUAUAUGAAUGAUAAUUGUGUAUGCUCUCAUACACAAUUAAAAUGUCCGCAUUCAAACAAAUGCUAUCGUAAAUCGGCAUUUUGUGACCGAACCGAUAAUUGCGGCGCGUUCGAAGAUGAACCUGAGGUUUGCACGUGUCAUAAUUAUUUGAAUUUGACAAAUCCACAAAAGAUUUGUGAUGGUACAGUAAACUGUUUUGAUAGAAGCGACGAAAACCCGGAAAUAUGUACUUGUCAGCCAGGCAGUUUCCAGUGUGGCCAAAAUAAAUGCGUUUCACCCGAGAUGGUAUGUGACGAUUUUAAAGAUUGUCCUAAUGGAGAAGAUGAACAAAACUGUUUGACCUUAAAAGCAGAAGGCGAUAGAAGCAACGCAGGUGAAGUACUUACACGAACUGGAGGAAUUCUACACGGUGGAUGUUUCAAAUCCGAAUACUCCAUGUCUAUUUUGGAGAAUAUUUGCUUAAAACUGGGAUUUGAAGAAAGUAGCGGUCACCAGUUAAUACCAUCUGUCAAUGCUACCUUGACUGCCCUUCGACCCGUUUUUGAUUCUUACAAUGUGGUUUGGCUUCGACGAAAUCCAGAUAACAGGAUGAAAUUGCGGCUACGCACCGGAAACGAACCUUACGUUAAAUUUGUUAUGGAUGAUAGUUGUCACAGAUUGUUUAUUGCUUGCAUUCCAAAGGAACGAGAAAUAAACACUUAGAUUGUUUCCUCUUAAUUAAACUUCUUAAUAAAUAUUUGGUUUCAUGGCAUAAGAA